UUAAUGAUACAAUUGGAGAAGUGCGAUAUUCAGAGUAAUAUUUCUAUCGAAUACUUUUAUAAACAUCUCUAAAAUGAGCCAAAUUAAAAUGGAAUUUAAAAAAAAAUUGUCAAAUGUCAAGUACCCACAUAAAAAUAAACUUCUUCACGUACAAAUACAUAAACAAUCCUAAUUUCUUAACUAAUUUUCCUAGACAAUACCCAAUGACUGGUACUGAUAAUAUGGAUAUAUAUAAAGAAGAUGAGCCUUAUGGUUUAGGUUGUGCAUUGGAAACCUUCACUGAAAGAGAGGAAGUAGAAAAACUUAUAGAUAACUUGAAGAAUGCCAUCAAUGAAGAUCUUUCAUUUCGUGAAAGAUCUUACGAAAAAUACACAUUCAUUCUGAGCCUUUAUAGUGAGCAACCCCACCUUUUGGAUAAACAUAUACCAGAAUUAUUAGAAAAGUUCAUAAGUAUUAUUCGAGACCCGAAUAACAGUAUAGAAUUGAAACAUAUGACAUUCAAAUAUUUAUUUGUACUUAUUAAUGUUAGAGGCUUCAAAGUAAUUGUCAACCAGCUGCCUCACGAAGUGGCUGAUUUUGAGCCGGUUCUACAAAUGUUAGAAGCACAAGAUCCAAAUGACUGUGAGAACUGGACUACUAGAUAUACUUUACUGUUAUGGCUCUCAAUUAUAGUAAGAAUUCCAUUCCAUAUGUCAAGAUUAGAUGGAGUAAUAGAUGGAAACUCUGACAAGAAAACUGUGAUGUGUCGGGUUCUAGAAUUGAUCAAAACCUAUUGUAUAGUAUCUGAUAAAUGCAGAGAUGCUGCAGCUCUAUUAGCAGCACGAUUUCUGUCUAGAUGUGAUGUUAAGGCUGUUCACCUAACCUCAUUUUUAGACUGGGCAAAAGAACUAGGAACCCAAGAUACUCAUAAUAUAUUCCAAAAGCAUGGUAUCUUUGAAUGCAUAGCAAUUAUAUUGAAGCAUGGAAAAAGAGAGGAUAUGUUACCAUACGCCAGAGAUUUGCUACAAUGGAUAAUUAGUCCGAAAUUCAAAACAAAUACCGGAAGUAAUGUGAAUAAGUUGGUGUUUAAAAUAGUUCAGAGAAUUGGUUUGAUUUUUUUGGCACCAAGGCUCGCCAGUUGGAGGUAUAAGAGGGGAAACCGUUCUUUAGCUGCCAAUCUGAGUGCAGGAGAUGGAACUAUUAGAGAUGUUGAUAAGAAAAUUGUCGAAAAUGAAGAAGAUAACGAUGAUGAAAUAACAGUUCCAGAGGAAGUGGAAGAAGUUAUUGACCAGCUCGUUCAAGGUCUUGCUAAUCCCGAUAGUAUUGUUAGAUGGAGUGCUGCAAAGGGUAUUGGACGAGUGACUGGGCGAUUGCCAAAAGAGCUUGCUGACGAAGUUGUGGGCUCCGUGUUACAACUCUUCAAUCCAAGAGAAGGUGACGGAGCUUGGCAUGGAGGUUGUCUGGCAUUAGCAGAGUUGGGAAGAAGAGGACUGUUACUGCCACAACGUUUACCUGAAGUGGUGCCAGUGGUUCUGAAGGCUCUCACAUAUGAUGAACCCAGGGGUUACUCUUCGGUGGGUUCUCACAUAAGAGAUGCGGCCUGCUACGUUUGUUGGUCGUUUGCCAGAGCCUAUGAUACUGAAGUGUUGAAGCCUUAUGUGACUGAUAUCGCAAGCACUCUGCUGAUCGUUACAUGUUUCGACAGAGAGAUAAACUGCAGGCGGGCAGCAUCUGCAGCCUUCCAGGAGAAUGUAGGCAGACAAGGCACCUUCCCUCAUGGCAUAAACAUUUUGACCUGCGCAGACUUCUUCGCCGUGAGCGUCAGGAACAACGCCUACCUCCAGAUAGCACCUUACAUAGCGCAGUUCGAAGAGUACACGUUAUCCCUAAUCGAUCACCUGGUAGACAGAAAAGUCGACCAUUGGGACGUUAGCAUCAGAGAGCUGACUGCGAAGGCGCUACACAACUUGGCAGCCUCCGAUCCCAACCACAUGGUGAAAAGUGUGUUGCCUACCCUAUUCACCCAAGCCUACAGCAUCAACCUUAACGGUCGCCAUGGUGCCGUCCUAGCUAUAGGCGAAAUCGUCCACGCCCUCUCGAUCAUAGCCGACGAAAAAAAGACCAAGGUUGACACCUUAAUAGGAGACGAACUGUUGGCCCAACUGAAAGGACUGAUCGGAGUGUUUAGGGAAAAAUUGUAUUUCAGGGGAAUGGGCGGCGAACUGAUGAAACAGGCCUGCUGCAUUUUCAUCGAGAAAUGUUCCAUGGCCUCCCUAUCCUUUCACAAUGACAGCGUAGUUGACGAAUGGUUGGCUCUGAUAAACGAAUGUAUACCGUACAACGUGGUGACCAUAAGAAGUAUGGCCAUCAAGGCCUUGCCGAUACUGCUUGAGGAAUACUUCAGUGGUCCUUCCAACGUUGUUAAACAGGAGAAAUUGGUGGAGGACUAUUUGAGGCAGCUUUCUGGUACAAGUGUUCAGGAGAGCAGAAUGGGCCACUCUCUGGCCUUGGGCUACUUGCCCAAGUUCAUGUUGAAGGACAACCUGGAGUCCAUAGUCCAAGCCUUGAUAGAGGCCACGAUGAUAACCCCGCCCACCCUGAAGUGGGCGGAGGCUAGAAGGGAUUGCGUGAGGGCGUUAUGUAACGUUGCCUUGAGCCUUGGCGAUGAUUUGGAAAAAGAACUGCCUGAAAAGUUUGUGGACAACGUAUUCAAUACGUUCCUGGAGGGUCUGAAAGAUUACACGCAGGACAAGAGGGGUGACAUUGGUGCUUGGAUGAGAGAGGCUUCGAUGGCCGGAUUGCAAUCGUUGAUUCUGUUCUUAGCCGAUCGAAAAUCCAAAUAUUUGAAACCGGAGAUGGUAGUUAAGGCUCUGAGCAAUGUAGGACAGCAGGCUGUGGAAAAGAUCGAUAGGACUAGGGCUAUUGCAGGGAAAGUUUUUUACAGUUUUGUCCAUAACGAUCAGCCAGUACCUUACAUACCACACCACGAAGAACUCAUCAAGAUUUUCCCGAAGGAAGAAUGCGACGAUUUGAAUUGGAACUCAGCCAAUUUCACCUUCCCCAAGUUCGUCCAAUUACUCCAAUUCCCUGAAUUCACCUAUAAUAUUCUGCUUGGUCUGAUCUGCAGUGUUGGAGGCCUCACCGAAACCCUGGUUAAGUAUUCAGCUUCCUCUCUCUUCACAUUCCUCGAUGCAGAAAAAAAACUAAAAGGGGACGAUGAGAUGAAAAGGAUUUGUGAGGUUGUACACAGGAUUUUUGUGGAUUACCAGAAGAACGAUAGGAUAACGGUUCCUAUGUUCAAAUUUUUGGACAAACUGUUCGAUUCGGGCUGUUUGGAAUGUGUUCUUCGAGACGAGAAGAGUGAAUUCGCCCCCCAAAUGCUGAAACUGAUCCAGGCGGAAAUAGCAGGUUGUAAGGAUAUUUACAAACUCAUGGAUGGGGUAAACACUCUUUGCCAGUUUAUACAGAUUAAAAGUGAGGUUUGCGAGAAAACGUUGAUACAAUUGAGCAUAAUGCUUUGUCAUCGCCAUUCUUACAUAAGGAGAUCAACAGCAACACGUUUGUACGAAUCCCUCUUAGUCAACGGAGAUGCAAGCAUUAUAAAUCCAGACAAUCUAGACAAGGUGUUGCAGGUGUUAGGAGACACAAAUUGGGAGGAGCCAGUUGAUGUGGUCAAGCCAAUAAGAAACGAGCUUUGCAAAUUGAUGGGGGUUAGGGCGCCUAUGCCUAAAGUUAAACAGACCCAAACGAAAUAAAUUUAAUCCUUGUUAAUGUUAUUUUGAGCUUUAAUCAUAUAUGUAAUGUAAGUUUUGAUAAUUUAAUUUUUUAUUUGAGAUUAAUAAAUAAUAUUUAUCAUU